AUGGCGGAUCUGGGUGGAGGGGGGCGCGAAGGCGUGGGUGAACGGUGGGAUGGGGGAGGGGGCUUUGGGCAGUGGAGGGGGCAGGGGCUAGAGGUGGCCGCCGCGCACCUCUUAUUGCGGCGUUUACCACACCGCGCCGGGUCCCUUACACGGAUGCAGCGUGGGAACGCUUCUGCUACUGCGGCCUGGGCCUGUGCUAUCGUGAGUGGAGCAGAGCAGAGCAGAGCGGGGGAUCGUAAAAGGGCGGCCCGCGGCCCGGCCAGGGACCUGGGUAGGCUGAAGGCUCGGUCUGCGGCUCUCUCCUGUUUUUUUGUGCCGGCCGCGGCUCGCCUGUGGCGGCGGGCGGCGUCCGCUUUUAUUGGAGCUGCCGGGCCCGGCCGGACGUUUCAAUUGAGCGGCCUCGCAUCGCAUCGCAUCGCAGGCAUGGCGGCGGCGGCGACCCAGCAGCAGGUAGAGGCGGCCGGCUUUCUUCUGCUCUUCCCAGAAGAGCCGCGGGAGGCAGCACGCAAGACGCGGACCAAGGACAAGUACCGGGUGGUGUACAGCGACCACCAGCGCCUGGAGCUGGAGAAGGAGUUCCACUACAGCCGCUACAUCACCAUCCGCCGCAAGGCCGAGCUGGCGGCCAACCUGGGGCUCUCCGAGAGGCAGGUGAAGAUCUGGUUCCAGAACCGGCGCGCCAAGGAGCGCAAGCAGGUGAAGAAGCGCGAGGAGCUGCUGCACAAGGAGAAGAUGGAGGCGGUGCAGCAGCUGCACGCCGCGCAGCAGCAGCCGCCCCCGCAGCCGCCCCCGCAGCAGCCGCCGCCGCAGCAGCAGCAGCCGGUGCAGGUGCAGGUGCCGCCCCCGCACUGCCACGCGCACGCCCACGCGCUGGCGCCCGUCAUGUGA